AUGAAGUUUCGAGCGUCUUUACAAGUGCCCCGCCAGCCAAACGAAGACACCAACGAUGGCAAGACUGCUGCGUUGCCUGGUCUGCCUAGACUUCCGUUCAAGAUGAGCAGCUUACGACACAAGAAAUCGAGUGCGUGGUUGGCAUCCGAGGAGAAUCCCAAUGCUCGACCUGCAGCACUACUUCCAACACAAACCGAAGAGAGGGACGAGACCGAGCCACAACUUCAGCAAAAUAGACGGAAGCAGGCAGUACAGGACUUCUUCCGAAAGACUUCAUCCCGUUUCAGGUAUUCAGGGACUAAUAAGAAACCGUCUGACUCCGGGAACAACUUCACACGCCAGUUGACCGUACGCAAGAAGACUCGUGUGCAAAAGCAGUCAGCUAGCAGAAAUGUCUCAAAGCGUGAUAGCCAGCUUCGCUCUUUCGACAUCAGUGAUGAGGUGCUCAACCGGCUUGUGGGUCCUGUCAAGCCGGAAGAGCAAGGGAAGAUCCAAAGCAGCACUUUUCUGGUUCAGCAACGCGUCCGCGCCUCUUCCAGACAGGCUAGCUCUUCAGCGGCGAUUAGUCCGUUGAAGACAAGCAGUCAGGUUGAGCUAGAUAGGAAAGCUACCAGCCAGGCUGCGCUGGAUAGACAUCCAUUGAGUCAGCGUGAUGUCGAGGAGAUGUUUGUGGGAGCACCCUACUUCCAGGUGCAAGAGGAUGGUGACGGGCUGUGGAGACCACAGGUCGUCUUCCGAGGGAUCGAUGUGGAAGCGAGCAAAAGAUAUGGCACUGAUCAUGCACCCCUGCUUCAUUCGAGUUUCGGUGCUUCGACACUCGGACUACACCGAACCCGGGAGACAGCGGAUGGCGAGUUGCCAACAAAGUAUGGCACGAAGCCCACCGACCUCGACAGCGAUAUACUGGAGCUACCGAGCAUGCUUAGUGCAAACGGUCUUGAUCCCGGCACGAUAGGCUUCGAGCACUUUCUGCAGCUGGCGAUUGCGGAUAGCGCAGUCAGGCCGGACGAACCAUCAUUUGAUACCAAACGUGCAAUACUCUCUACCGAUCCGGAACAACUCGGCUUACGAGAGCUGAAUAUGGAAGUCCUCAUACAUCGACUGACGGAGCUCGGCGAGCUUGAUGCAGCACAGCACGACCCAGAUCUGUCACAGCCAGAAUGGUCCGAAGCAAAGGUUGAGGAGAUGGGUGAAGAGUUGUUUGGUAGACUACUGGAUGGCGAGCUUGGCACAACGGGCGCUGGCACGGGCGAUGUGACGCUCAGGACGCAGAUCACGGCUCUUCAGAAAGUGCUUGGUGAGAAGGAGCUGUGGUAUAAUUUCAGCCAAGUCGAGUGGAGAAUACGGGUAGGGCAAUUGUUGUGGGCUAGUGAAGGGGCGGAGCCUACGGGCGCAGAUGACAACGCCCAGCCAUCCGAGCGGGAUGUUCUGCUUCUUCAAAUUACCCUUGCGUCAGAGCUGCUUGUGCGUCUGCAGGCCGUGAAACGAAUGUCCGGAAGCUUGUCCGAUGACGAAAUCGAUAUCAUUGACGCUCGCCAGUCCAAGAAAAUCCAAUGGGAUCUCGUACUUAGCAGAACAUUUCUCAAGAACCUCAUCAUCCGUGCUAAAACCCUGGAGGAGACGAGCAGGGCAGACAAGCGAGUCAGCCUGUUCAGCGCCUUCUCAUUCCGGACGGCCAUAGAAACACCAGAGGAGGCUGAAGAGCAAAUCGUGCAACCAGUACUUUCGCCACGAAAUCAGGAGCAACAGCUUGCUGGACUAUUGACGUUUGCAGAGAAGCUGCAGUGGCCCCAUCUGGAAGACGUCCAGACGCAGCUAGAAGCUCGACUGUCCGACACUAAGAUGCAGACGCGUGGUGAUGCUCUUGCAGUCCCGGGCGUCCAGCGACCAGUCAGUGGCAUCAGUACAUAUGCCACCCCGCUGAGCAGUCCUCGUUUACCAGGAUACACGCCGUCUGCCAACAGGAAGAGUUGGCUGGGUGGCCUGAUGGGUCAGCACCAAGCACGUCCUGGUCUGAGCCGAAUGACUACUGCCAACAGCAUCCAGCUCUUGGCUGCUUCGCCGUCGAGUGAGGAACACGGAGAUGGCUUUGAGGUCGGAGGCUGGCUAUCUCGGUCCUGGCUUGCUGGUCUCGUUUUGCCGGGAGAAUCAGCAGGUCAUUUCCUUAUCUCGACCCUACUUGAGAAUAGUUCGCAAGCUAUCGAGGCCCUGGGAGACGAGGCAAACUUGUACGGCGGCUUCAUAUACCAAGGACGAGGUUUCUGGAGCAAGAGCUGUGUGGUUGGGCGUGUGCUGGCCGCUACCAGAGGUUCUCAAGACUGCAUGAAAUGGUUGUCUGUGCCCAUCAUUGCAGACAGUGGCAGGAUUGACGAUGGCUGGGUCAGUCUCGACAUCAAGGAUGUACCAAACACGGACACGAAGACACUUCGGAUCAAGGACACGAGAGCCGUGGCGAGCGACUCGGAUCCUCUGCACGGAGCGACCAUCAAAAGCUUACAAGCUGGAGACUUCUCUACACCGCUUGAUGGGCCGUUUGUCAUGGGCAACGAUGUCAAGUAUCAAGGACUAUCGUUUGAUACUACCCACAGCAGCUCGAAGCUGAUGAAAGUGGAGGAGGACCAAAUCGACGUGACGAGCACACAUGUUGCCACAAUGAUCUUCACAGCACCUGCUAAUACGAGACUGGGAAGCUUGGAAGUACCACUCACUUAUGAUGUGAAUUUCGUCGCAUCCUACCCAUGCCAUCCACAGCCCCGGAAGCCCACAAGUCCGACCACUGAACCAGCGGACUCAUCUUCGCCUACGGCUGUAGAUCUCGACAGCGCCCGUGGAGCAGUGACAGGGGCAGCAGAAGCGACUAACCCGAACAAGUCGGAGCUCGUCAAUGUCAAAUCGGCAUCCACAUUCACUGACACAUCACGCACCGACAAGUCUUCUCGUCAAGCACGAGCAGACGCGGCGCGCGCCUCAGGGAUCACACUUAGUCUCGUCGACAUCGAGAAGGAGUUGCCUCCACCACCAGCCCAUCCGCUGCACUUCGAGCACCACUAUAGCAUCAUACCAGUGGCCUCGCUACUAUCUGCAGGUCCCGAGAAGCGACCUCGUGCUCUCUCCUCACCUGAGGAGCGAGGUACAGGAGGGUGGGAUGGUGAAGUCGUAGUCCUCGACUGCAGGGGCACACAUGACCUUGAGUUACUUGCUAGAGCAUGGUGUGCUAAGGUAGGAGAGAAUGCACUGGUUGGUGCGAAAACGAGAACCUGCUUGGCAUGCUGUGUCAGGGAGGCGAGAGGUUUGGGUAUAGGUGUUGUAAUCAGAACGUGA